AAACAGGAGGAAGGAAAUCGGCUCAAAAUCGGAAGUGAAUAAACUUCCAGGACAAUUCGCCAUUAAGAGUCAAACUGUCGUCAAACAAACACAAACUACACGAUGAGUGAAGUCAGUGUUGAUGUGAAGGCGGACACAAGUUCAGCUGUAAAUGCUCCUGUGGUCACUGGAAACACUAUAACAGGACCCGUGACCAUCAUCUGCAGCUCAAACACUGCAGAGCAGCAAAACUCCACAGAGAAGCUCACACAAGAACAAGAGGCUUUAGGACUGAAAGAGUUUUUGAGAAGUCAUAAGAUCUACAUGAAGGAGAAUUCAAAACGUAUUUUUGAGGGUAUGAAGGAAAAUGAAGCCGAUCUGAAUGAGAUUUACACAGAUGUGUUCAUAACAAAGGGGGAUAUGAAAGAAGUCAACCGUGAACGUGAGAUUCUGAACAUUGAUGAUGCCUUCAAAAACACAACCAAAUCAUCAGAGGACAAACACAUCAAAUGCAAUCUGAUAUUUCAGUCACUGAGAGACAAGAAGAAGAUUAUUCUGACCAAAGGUGUCGCUGGAAUUGGUAAAACAGUCUCUGUGCAGAAGUUCAUUCUGGAUUGGGCCGAGGGAACAGCCAAUCAGGACGUAGACGCCAUGUUUCUGUUUCCAUUCAGAGAGAUGAACCAGAUUAAAGACAAAGUCAGUUUUCAUGAGUUUCUGCUGGAAUUUUAUCCUGAAAUGAAAACAAAUGUCAUAAAGUUAACAGAGAAAUAUAAUGUGGCGUUUAUCUUUGACGGACUUGAUGAAAGUCGCUUGAGUUUUAAUUUUAAAAGCAGAAAACGGAGUAGUGUUGAGGAAAGAUCAUCUGUAGAUGAAAUGAUUAUAAAUCUGAUCAGAGGAGAUCUGCUUCCAUCAUCUCUCGUCUGGAUCACAUCAAGACCAGCAGCAGCCAAUCAGAUUCCUUCUAAGUUUGUAGGUUUGUUCACUGAGGUGAGAGGAUUCACAGACCGGCAGAAAGAGGAGUACUUCAGAAAGCGAAUCAAAGAUAAGAGUCAAGCUGAUGAAAUGAUCAAACACAUCAAGAGAUCUCGUAGUCUCUACAUCAUGUGUCACAUCCCCGUCUUCUGUUGGAUCACAGCUUCAGUACUUCAUGAUAUUCUCAUCCAGAACCAUGAAGAAAACAUUGACACGACUCUCACUGAGAUGUACAUUCACUUUCUGCUGAUUCAGAUGAACAUGAAGAACCAGAAGUAUGAUGAGGAAGAUGAAGAAGACUAUACAAAGCUCUUAGAAUCCAAUAAAACCACCAUUCUGAAGUUGGCCAAACUGGCGUUUGAGCAGCUGAAGAAAGAGAACAUCAUCUUCUAUGAGAAAGAUCUUAAAGAUUGUGAUAUUGAUGUGAGUAAAGAUUCAGAGUACACAGGAAUGAUCGCUGAGAUCUUCAAGAAAGAAUCUGUUCUUCACAAGACAAAAGUCUUCAGCUUUAUUCAUCUGAGCGUUCAAGAGUUUCUGGCUGCGCUGCACGUCUUCAUCUGCUACAUGACCAACAAUAUGAAGGACCUUGAGUUUUUCAUCACACCUGAACAAGACACAAAGAUUUCUCUUCAUGAGAUUCUGAACAAGGCCAUUGAUAAAGCCACAGAGAGUGAGAGAGGACAUCUGGAUCUGUUUUUACGCUUUCUGAUGGGCCUUUCACUGGAGUCUAGUCAGAAGCUUCUCAAAGGUCUGCUCACAAGCACUGAAGACACCAGAGACAGCAUCACAGAAACAACUCAAUACAUUCAACUAUUACAGGACAAGAGGAUCUCAGAUGAAGCUAAAGUGAACCUGUUUUACUGUUUACUGGAGAUGAAGGAUCAGUCAUUAUACGAGAGAAUCCAGAAAUACUUACAUCCAGAUGAUUCAGAUUCACUCAUAAAGCUCUCGUCUUCAAUGUGUACACUGAUGAUCUAUGUGCUGCUCAUGUCAGAGAAUGUGCUGGAUGAGUUCAACAUGAACAGAUAUAAGACAUCAAAAGCAAACUACAAGAGACUUGUUCCAGCUGUGAGAUGUUGUAGACGAGCGAUAUUUUCAGGGUGUGAUCUGACUGCUGAGUCCUGUGAAGUUGUGUCUUUAGCUCUUCAGUCCUCAAAGUGUCCUCUGAGAGAGCUGGACCUGAGUAACAAUGAUCUGAACGAUUCAGGAGUGAAGCUGAUCUCUGAUGCUCUCAAGACUCACAAUUGUCACCUACACACACUGAGAUUGUCCGGGUGUAAUGUGACUGAAGAGUGUUGUGUAAGUUUGUCAUCAGCUCUUCAGUCCUCAAAGUGUCCUCUGAGAGAGCUGGACCUGAGUAACAAUGAUCUGAAGGAUUCAGGAGUGAAGCUGAUCUCUGAUGCUCUCAAGACUCACAACUGUCAACUACACACACUGAGAUUGUCGUUGUGUAAUGUGACUGAAGAGUGUUGUGUAAGUUUGUCUUCAUGUCUACAAUCAUCAACGUCUCUGAGAGAGCUGGACCUGAGUAACAAUGAUCUGAAGGAUUCAGGAGUGAAGCUGAUCUCUGAUGCUCUCAAGACUCACAACUGUCAACUACACACACUGAGGUUAUCAGGUUGUAUGGUGACAGAUGAUGGUUGUUGUUCUUUGGCUUCAGCUCUGAGUUCACAGUCGUCACGACUGAGAGAGCUGGAUCUGAGCUACAAUCACCCACAACACACAACACUUCAGCUGCUCUCUCACACACUCAAUGAUCCAAACUACACAAUCAAGUAUGACACACAACAUACACAUGAUUCACACACACCAGACCAAUGUCACAUCAUGUUUCUGUCUUUAAUGUGUGUGUGUUUGUGUAGUGUGAGUCAUGGAGGAGAGAAAAGAAUUAGAGCAGGACUACACAAGUGGGUCUGUGAUCUCACACUGGAUCUAAACACAACACACACUAAACUCAAAGUGUCUGAAGAGAACAGAAAGAUCACAGUUGUGAGAGAGUGUCAGUCGUAUCCUGAUCAUCCAGACAGAUUUGAUGAGUGUCCUCAGGUGUUGUGUAGAGAGAGUCUGACUGGACGCUGUUACUGGGAGACUGAAUGGAGCGGAUCACGUGUUAUUAUAUCAGUGUCAUAUAAAAGCAUCAAGAGGAAAGGAGAGAGUAAUGAUUGUGCGUUUGGAUAUAAUGUAAAAUCAUGGAGUCUGUUCUGCUAUAAUAACACAUUCACUGCAUUUCACAAUAAGAAUAAAAAAGACAUUAGUGUCUCUCCAGGUGUGUGUAAGAGAGUAGGUGUGUAUGUGGACCAGUCGGCCGGCACUCUGUCCUUCUACAGCGUCUCUGACACACACACACUCACACACUUACACACAUACUACACAACAUUCACUGAGCCUCUCUGUGCUGGAUUUGGAGUUGAUUAUAACUCCUCAGUGUGUCUGUGUGACAUAAACAGUCUCUAUAGAGCCUCCUGUUAAACACAAGAGAGACACACAUAACCACAU